UGUAUGACUAUUGUUGUUGUGUGAUGGCAGACGUUAUGUCGUUGAGUGUGUUGUGAGGUUAUGAAGCCAGGUCGCUGUAGUUGUUGAGAGAAAAUUAUGCAGCACCUGAUGCAAUCUCAUUACUGUGGGGAGGAGCCUGAGUCGUCACGGUGUGCGUCGUGCGGCCAGGAGGACUGGUGCUCGGCGGAGUCGGAGGAAAUGCGGUCCCGGUGUAAGACAGCGCCGACGGCAGGAGAGCAGGCCGCCGCGGCGAACAUCGUGGCGAUCUGGGAGGUUGAAGACGCCGCCGCCACGGUGUGUUUCUGCGCAGUGGAUCAGGAGAGACUAUCGGGCUGGUUCCAACCGGGUUCCUGCGCCCACCACUCAAACUCUCGGCGGCGGCGCACACGCGGGAGAGGCCGCUCACCUGUCGCCCGCGUCCCGCAGGCCGCCGCCCGUGAGGAUUGCGGCCCGAAGACCCGAUCAUCACGACUCGACGGACCUGUAUGAGUUUCGGCACCACUCGGACAUACGGAGAUACAUCGAGGACUACCGAGACAGACGGAACAACAAGAAACGCAGAAACGAGCAGCUUGUGUCGUGUCUUCAUAAGGCCAUGAUCAAAGCGAAACAAGCGCAGGAACAGAGCGAAGUCCCGCCUGCUAGCAACAAAUACAGAACGUUUCAUCCACCGAAGGACAGUGACCACGGUGACCCUAGUGACCAUGGCGACCACAACCACCGGCCAGAGGCCGACUUCCUCCUGGCGCCCGAGGCUACUGUUCACGGUCCUUUUGAGGAGAACGCAUGCAUAAAUCUACCCAAGUUACCGAGUAGAAAAGCCGGCGGGUCGACGAGACACUCCAUGCAGCCGACGCGCUGUGGUUUCCCGCACUUCCAGGAGGUGGAGCCCCUCCCCAUUCUCACCAACGGCAUGCCCUACCCGUUCAAGGUCGUCCAGGAAUACACCGGAGGGGGUAAGAAAGUUCUGCGGUACGACCUUUCGGACGUCGUGAGGACGAGAAAGAUCCCCACGAGUCGUCUGGUGCCUCACCCCUUCUCCUGGUCGUCCUGGGACCUGGGCAGCUCGCCCUCCUUCAGCCCGAGCUCCGGCAGCAGCGGCGGCGGGGGGACGUCGGACUUGGACGGGAACUCCGUCAACUUCCCGCGGCUGAGGUACACCAAGGGCACCGACGUCAUGCACAUGCACGAAACCUUCGGCAUCGACGGCAGAGGCAACGUCAUUUGGCACGCAGACAGGAGAGAUCCCGCCAAGUCCCUAGUCAUGCAAAGGAUGUUCAGAAGGAAGCCAAAUUUUGGCGCCCUGACUUCCAACAAGGGCAAAUUCACGGGCGACUCCUUACAGAAGACUAGCUUUUCCAAUGGUAUAAACGGGAGACCUUACCGCACGACAGAACAGCAUCAGAGAUAUUUCCAACAGAUUGCUCGUUCCUUACACGAAAGAAAGCAGCACACAGCACACCAGAACUUGGCAUUCAACUCUGUCGAAAAUGAUACAUAGGUAGGCUUCUUUUUAGCAGUACAGGUCAUAGCCAUUGUUUUAUUAUAGGCUGUUAACUUUGCGACGCACCGUCUCCAACCGCCCUCUCCAUCCGACGAUAUUAUUUGAAACUUAUAACAAGAUUAUUUUCGUGAUUUUUUGUACCAUAUAUGCUUUGCCUUCCUACGUGAAGCGAUGAAACAAGAUCAGUGAGCCUCACCUGUAUUCAUACUUCUUAUCACAUCAAAUGGUAUACUAGUGUUAUACUGUUACUUUUGUCAAUAACAACCUGUUGUUGCCUGAUAUGCAAUACUGUGUAUUGUCGCAAGAGGUCCCCAUCGAAUUAGAAGGCAGUCGUGCUUGACCUUAACAUUAUAGACGAUGUAAGAUGUGAAGCUGCUCAACAGCCUGAAUUGUUUACCUUAGAUAUAUGUGGUAAAGAUGAAAUAAAACGAU